UGCCGUACAACAUGGCGGCGCUGUGGUGGCGGCUGCGACCGCGUUUCCGAUGUGAGCCUCGGCUCCGCUGUACGGCACGGGCCCUGUCAGGGAAGAACGAAUACGAUCUUCUAGUCGUUGGAGGAGGAUCCGGUGGCCUUGCUUGUGCCAAAGAAGCUGCUCAGUUUGGAAAGAAGGUGGCUGUGUUAGACUAUGUGGAUCCUACUCCAAAAGGAACCAAAUGGGGACUUGGCGGUACCUGUGUGAACGUUGGCUGCAUUCCUAAAAAGCUUAUGCACCACGCAGCCCUUUUGGGGAGCUCUCUCAAAGAUGCCCAGCACUAUGGCUGGAGUAUAUCUCAUCCCGUGACCCAUGACUGGUCUGCAAUGGCAGAAGCUGUUCAAAACUAUGUGAAAUCCUUGAAUUGGGGACACAGAGUGCAGCUACAGGACAAAAAUGUGAAGUACUUCAACUUGAAAGGCAGUUUUGUGGACGCUCACACGAUUCGCGGGUUGUCAAAAGCCAACAAAGAGACUUUGCUCACAGCAGAAAACAUAGUCCUUGCCACUGGUGGGAGGCCUAAAUAUCCCGCUAAUAUUCCUGGGGCGCUGGAGUAUGGGAUUACAAGCGAUGAUCUCUUCUGGUUGAAAAAAUCUCCUGGGAAAACGUUGGUUGUUGGAGCCAGCUAUGUUUCCCUUGAGUGCGCUGGCUUUCUCACGGGCCUUGGAUUGGAUACUACGGUCAUGAUAAGAAGCAUCCCUCUUCGAGGAUUUGACCAGCAAAUGGCUGCCUUAGUAACAGAUUAUAUGGAAGCCAAUCACACACGGUUUUUAAAGAAAUGUACCCCAACUAAAGUGGAGAAGAUGGGAAACGGCAGGCUACGAGUCGUGUGGAAGUAUGGUGACUCUGGCCAAGAAGAAACGGAUGAAUUUGACACGCUGAUGUGGGCAGUAGGCCGAGAGCCUGAAACCAAGACCCUCAAUUUGGAGACUGCGGGUGUGAAAAUUAACUCUGCAACGGGAAAAAUCAUUGUUGAUGCAAGCGAAGCGACUUCUGUUCCUCACAUUUAUGCUGUUGGAGACAUUACAGAGGGUCGCCCUGAACUAACGCCGACUGCUAUCGCUGCAGGGAAGCUUCUGGCUCGCCGUUUGUUUGGCCAGUCGAAAGAACUAAUGGAUUAUGACAAUGUGCCCACUACAAUUUUCACACCCCUGGAAUAUGGAUGUGUAGGUCUCUCAGAAGAACAAGCCUCGGACCGGUUGGGGCCAGAUAAUAUAGAGGUAUACCAUGCAUUUUAUAAGCCUUUGGAAUUUACUGUGCCUGACAGAAAAGCUGCUCAGUGUUACAUUAAAAUGGUGUGUUCGCGUGCGCAAGAACAGCGAAUCCUUGGCCUUCAUUUCAUUGGUCCAAAUGCAGGCGAAGUUAUUCAAGGAUUUGCCCUUGGAAUCAAGUGUGGUGCUACCUAUUCACAAAUGCUGAAGACGGCUGGCAUUCACCCAACCUGUGCUGAGGAAAUCAAUAAGCUGCACAUCACAAAACGGUCAGGCUUGGAUCCAACCGUCACUGGCUGCUGAGGUUAGCUUCCAUCCCUGGGUAGCCAAUGAAAGAGCACGUGGCAGAAGCAGGACACCCGAGCAUGAGACAGCAUCAAGGCAUGCAAGGCCAGGAGCCGCAGAAAUGCGCUGAUGGGCUGGAACCGAUGGCAAAGUUGCAAUAGAUGGAAACGAAUGGGAUUUGCUCCUUUCCUGAUGGAUUCUGCCUCAUGCUCUCCAGGGAUGGCUUUUUGUAACAAUAUCGGCCUGGCUAACAUUGAGUCGAACAGCCUGAUAGAUGAUUUGGAUUAUUUCCUGUAUGUGCAAAGCUGAAAAAUGUAUGUUCAGCCGGACAAAUGCACUUAGUCAGGCUGCCCCACUGGAUGCCAGCUAAUGAUGUCUUGUGUAUUAAACCACACAGUGGAGUAGACAAGUCUGAUGUUUGCUGGGUCCUUAAUCAACUCACAUUAUAUUUAUUGUUGGCAACUG